GGUCCAGGUCUGGCUGGCGGGAGGCUUCGGCCGUGGCUAGCCUAGUGACCACCCUACCGGCAAAGACGUACCGGCAAGCGAUUUAACGUUACGGUACGAUGUAGAUACCGAAAGGGGCGCGGAGAACAAGUGAGCCCGCUUCCAUCUUUGAUUGCAUCAUCACAGGUGAGAUUGUAGUCAAAGGCUACCUUGUAAAGAAUUAAAAAAAAAUCGACAAAAUACCUGGAAACUAGGCGGUAUUGCGAGCAAUUUGGAACUUUAAUUGAACCUUGAGUAUUACUAUAGCGUGUGUAAUUUAGUUUGUUACUUUACCAAUAAAUUGAUAAAACUAUUGUAAGUCGCAUGCACAUGUCUGCGCUAACCACCACCACCAUUAUCAACCCACAUUCUGCUCACUGCUGAGCUCGAGUCUCCUCUCAGAAUGAGAGGGGUUAGGCUAAUAGUCCACCUUCUUACUACUUACUUACUAAUAGACUUCACACACGCAGAGAAUUGGGAAAAUUCUCUUGGAUGCAGGUUUCCUCACGAUGUUUUCCUUCAUCGUUUGAAACACAUGAUAUUUAAUUACUUAAAAUGCACACAACUGAAAAGUUGGAGGUGCAUGCCCCGGACCGGAUUCGAACCCACACCCUCCGGAAUCGGAGGCAGAGGUCAUAUCCACUGGGCUAUCACGGCUGCGCUAACCACUUUUAUUUAUUUAUUUUAAUCGAUACAAGCCCUUAUUCGCACGAGAGUUUUUUUAACAGACGUUAAAAAAGCGUUUAUUAUUAUAUCUAGGGUUUUGUCAAUAAGGCUUAACAAAACCUAUAAAAAUUAGCUUUAAUUCGAGCUUUCUCACUUAUAUCUAAGUCCUUACCUUGUCAACAAUCACCAAAAUUCGGUUUUUUAUUUUUCCUGAAAAUUGCAAUUACAAUUUUAUUCUCCGGGACGGCAAUUUGUCCGCCUCAGUUUAAAUGUGCUAAUGCCCUAUCUUUAGUAUAAAAUAUUGUUGAGACUAACCCUUACUUUUGACCAGAAGUUGGUACGAAUAUCUAUUUAAUGUUAUCAAAAUAAAAAAUAAAUUAGGUGUACAUUUAAUGUUAAAAAAGUACCUAUAUUUAGUGUUUUUGCUUACUUAGCCUCAGUGUAACAAAGUUUAGACAGAAGUAAUAAAGUGUACACUUACAAAAAAUCAUAAUAACCUUGGAAAUUUUUGGUGAAGUGCAAAAAAUCCUUCACUCAAAAAACAAUACCUGAAUAAUCAAUAAGUAAUUACUUAUCUUCAAACAGGAAUCGUCACUCCACACUUGAUGUGUCAAUAGUCUGAUAUCUUUUCCAUCUUUUUACAAUUUGUUGAGUCAAUAUUCUGCCUUAUAUUUUAUUUUUUCCAAACAAACAGUGUUAGAAAUAGGUACAGACUCAGAUCAAAUACCUAUUUACCUAGUCUGAGGGUUUAGCCCUACAUUCUAUAAAGUUACAGCGCGAUGCCAACGUUGGUUUCCAUGGAAACUUGGUUGUUAGUGUCAAUUUAAAAUAAGAUAGGUGCCUUUGAGAUGUGGUGUUGGAGAAGGAUGCUUCGUAUACCGUGAACCGCUAGAAGAACAAACAUCUCGAUACUGAAACAGCUUCGCAUUUCCACUAGACUUUCACCUGUAUGUUACCAGAGUUUUGAGUUACUUUGGUCAUAUAGUCGUCUUCCCGAUAACCUGGAUAAAGUAAUAGUGGUGGGCAAGGUGGAGGGGAAACGACCACGUGGUCGAUCACCUACCCGCUGGUCUGACCAGGUUAAGUCACUCACUGGACUCCCUGUAACAACAGCCAUUAGAAAAGCUGUGGACCGGACUGUGUGGAGGGGAAUUGUUAACAACGCAUCGAAGGGACUGCAGUGCGGACAAGACCUUCAGCAAUGAACAUUGCGACCAAAAAGAGAGUAAAUUUAAUUUUAGCAUCCAAUAGAAACAAAGCUAAGGAGCCGGGGAUCGAACCCAGGACCUACGUCUUGUAAAUCCACCGCGCAUACCACUGUGCCACGGAGGUUGUCAAAACGAGGUUGAGAUUAUCACAUUGAAUACAAGAUAGUGAUACAAAAUAUAACAAAAAAAAGUUUAUGAAAAAGCAAUAGUUGCCGCAAUAAAGCAUUACAUAAUACAAAAAAAAACUGAAGUACCUAGGUUUCAAAAAGAAAUUAUAAUUAUAGGAAUUAUCCAACAUUGCGUCACACUCUACUAUUCUAGUAUAUAUUUUUUAAUAAAAAUAAAUAGGUAAGGGUGAUGUCUCAUUAGUGCCAUGCGUUGAAUAGUCGUAACGGAUCAACGCAUUGUAUGCUACACCAGCGUGCGUUGUUAUGACGCACGACGUCGCAGCGCCAGAGCAUACAAGACUCACGCACACAUUGUGUUGCACGCGCACACACGCAAACAAAUGUCUCUUGUCCGUUGAAAUGUCGACUGCGAAGACUAAACUCUUUAAUGUGGCAUGUCAUUUAACAUAAACAAUGGGAAACGACGCAGGACGAACGUGCGACGUAGCAACGUAGCGCUUCGUAUUAAUGGAGCAUCGCACUAAAAUUUAGUCUAAAUAGAUCGAUCAAUCAAUAUUUACCAAUAUUUUUUAUUUUUAUCACAAAACAUAAAAAGACGUAAUCCCAAGCAUAUCUAAUAACGGAUUGACAGCCGAUAAAACUGAUCGUGUGAUAAUCGCGAUGUCCAUUACAUCAUGUCGAUUGCAACCAACAUACCGCUGUAGGCAUGUGAUAUUACUUGAUCGUCCGUGGCUGACAUUAUAACAUUGUAAAGAUGUUAUUGGUUUACUUAUUAAAAUUAUCGAAAUUUUGGUGACAAUUCCGGUGUAGUUUUAUAACAUCAUCAGUUUGAUUACGAAAGCGUGGUGAGCCUUGGAAAACAGCCAAUUAUCACUCAUAAAUCUUCUGGUACGUAGUUGGUAAGAACAACAAUUAUUGUUACAUCACUAAGUAGUUACUAGUGAUGCGUUUGAAUUCGAACGCGAAUAUCUGCAUAUUUUUUGCCAUCCGCAUCUGUAUUCACAAGAAACGCAGCAAAUGGUCAAAGCCUAUGUAUUUAUUAGUUAUAAAGAGAAGUAAUUUAAUCUCUAACUAUUUUUUUAUAAAUGCGCGUGUAGGUUUUUUGACGCUUUCACGCUUACAAUACUGAUUUUAAUUAUUUAUUCAAAAAUGAAAACUUACAUUAUCAGCGAGCAACAAAGUAACCCAGAUUCGCAUUUAUACAGGGCGCUGGUGAGUAAUUCCCAUAACUCUGGGGUUAUAUUCUUUACCGAAAAUUAUUAAAAAUGUUCAAAUAACAUGUCAUAAAUACUCUUAAACAUGUGUUCUAAAAUUAAUAUUUUCGGAGAAAAUAAUAAUUAUUUAUUUUGUAAAUAGAUCUUAAAACGUGUCCCUUAAAGGCAUCCUUAUAAUGAUGACGUAGCCAAACUUAACAUUUUAAAAUGCACGAUUAGUUAAAGGCUCGUUAAUCAUUAGUGAUAAUCGGAAUUAUUUGAAUCAAGUACCUAUAAAAACAUAAAAAGUUUUUAUUUUUUAUUGGAGUUGGAAUGCUACCAUUACAUAAUUAUUGUCAUACGACUUGUGUAUCUUUUGAAAUACUAUUAUUUUAAUUCUAAGUACAUGUCCCAAUGGACGUUGGGGUCCCAAUGUGCUGGAAUGGCGACCCCGCACUAGUAAGCGCAGUGUUGGCCGACCCCUCACUAAGUGGACUGAUGACAUCAAGCGAGUCGCAGGGAUUCGGUGGCUCAGUAUCGUGAUGUUUGGAAGUCCCUACAAAAGGCCUAUGUUCUGCAGUGGACGUCCAUCGGCUGAUAUGAUGAUGAUGACUUGUCCCAAUUUUGUAUGUAGGCUGGGCCUUUAUUCCGAGUGUCAACUAAGCAGAACAAUUUUUAUCUUAAAAGAACAUGAAAUUACGUAAUAAAGAAGUAUAUUAGUAUAGUAUAUUAUGAGUAGAAGUAGUAUAUUAUCGUCGACACUUUAUACAACCUUUUCACGAAUAUCCACAUCAACAAAGUCCAGUUUCUCUAACAAUUCUUCAAACACUGCCAGUAGGUAAAGCAUAUUCUAACUCGAAAUUUCGGUAUUUCAAUCGAUCGAUCUAAAACACAAAUAUAAAUUUUAAAAUAAUACUAUUAAAUACAUAAUACAAUGAAAAUGGCAUAAUAUAUUGUACAAAUACUUAAAAUAAAACUAGAUAAUUUAAUUACUUGCGCCAUUAAUCAAUAGUCCUUUGACUAUAAUGGGUGUAAAAACACCGGGUUGCGAGUGUAUCUCAAAACCAGGGUCUGUGCAAAAACCCUUCACCCGUGCCACUGUCUACUUAGGAGCAUCGAUCGUAGAUCGUUAGAUGGGCCUCAACGUGUCGCGAAAUUGUCAUUGGUUUCGCACAUUGAGUACGUCAUCACUCGUAACACAUUUCUCUUUAUUCAUGUUGUGGCUUGUAUUUUUACACUUCCAAAAUGAACACGAAGGCAUAAUUAAAGGAUUAAAAUAAAAAGAAACAGUAAACAUUUUUUUUAAUCCACGUCCACUCUCAGCAUGCGCUUGUUACGUACUAAGAUAAAAUGUGCGUCUUUGGGUAAUGACAUAAAAUUGUGCGUUCUUUAGUAUGGACCAUCUAACGAUUUAUAUCGAUGCUUAGAAGAAUAACACAAACACUUAGAAGCGGCAACGGUGUUUUUACCUGAGUGCAAAAACACCCUUGUAGCUUUUAGAGGGUUAAGCGACGCCCCCGGGUGCGGAGUUUCUGAAACUAAAAAUGACAAUGAGUUCCAUGUAUUUAUUAGUUCCGUGAUACGAACCUACAUGCGACGGACUACAAGGCAGUUGAUAUUACAACCAUGAUGACAUUUUUUAAAAUUGUAUAUAAAUUAAGAGUAUGCUAAUAUUAAAGCAAUUUUGUAAAAGGAACAGGGUAUCUGCGAUCAUUACUUUCGGAGCUACAGGGAUUUAAAGGGUCAGGGAUCCGCUGAAAAACGCCCCAUACAUAAUGGUACGAACUAAUGACGUCGUAGGUAAUGUAAUGAUCGUUAGAUUUGUAUGUGCGUUCAAACAAAAUUACUAAUAUCUCUGUUAUUUGUGCGUUUAUGUUUAUUGUUCAAACAUUAAUAAAUGUCACAUGUAAUGUAAGGAAGCUAAAACUGUUUGAAUAGAUUUUGAAAUUUUAUAAUCUCAUUUAUUUUGCAAAUAUCCAGACAAUCUUUGCUUUUUAUGUAUAAAUUAGUUAACAUUGACCUUAUUUACCCGAAUGUAUCAUAAAAAUCAAUAUAUUCAAACCUAGUCAUCAUCCCCACUAUGAGAUUAAUUCAUUUUGUUAAGAACCAGUUCCCAGUUGACAAUCCAGUCGGAGUUAAUCCGUAUUCCGUGCGUUUCAUAAAUACGAGUAACUUAAUAAUGUACCGGUGUAUUAAAACCAAAUAUACAAUAACAGUGAUCCAGUAAUGACCAUGCUGUCUCGCGUCGCAGUUGUUCUGUGCGCGACACUACACAUAUCGCGAGCCAUCGAUACAAGUUUCCCUCCUUUCUUCAAGUUCGGGGCUGCUACAUCUGCCUAUCAAGUGGAAGGUGCAUGGAAUACCGACGGUAAAGGUGAGAACGUAUGGGACCUGUACCUGCACACACACCCCGGCAAGGCUCACAACGCUACCGGCGACGUGGCAGCGGACUCCUACCACCAGUGGAGGGAAGAUGUCAAGGCUGCUGCCGACAUGAAGCUGCACUUCUACAGAUUUUCAAUAAAUUGGGCGCGAGUGCUGCCCACAGGCUUCAGCAACGAGCUCAACGAUGCAGGCGUCAAAUACUACAGCGAGCUCAUCGACGCGCUGCUCGCCGCCGGCAUCGAGCCCAUGGUGACGUUGUACCACUGGGACCUGCCUGUUAACAUACAGAACCUUGGUGGCUGGACAAACCCACUGAUCGUGGAUUGGUUCGGAGAAUACGCCAGGAUCAUCUACUCCCUCUACGCGAGUCGCGUCAAAAUCUGGCUCACCAUCAACGAGCCCAACGUCUUCUGUGACAUCUUCUACAUAUCUGGGGAGUCAGCUCCAGGGAUCAAGGAGCCAGUGCUUGCUCCGUACCUGUGUAAUAAGCAUACCAUGCUGGCCCAUGCGAGAGCGUACAGAAUUUUCGAUCAGGAAUUCAGACCGAGGUACACAGGCAAAGUGUCGCUCGCCAACAACGUGCUGAACAUCGAACCUGCGUCCCCCAAAUACGAGAAGCUAGCAGAACUUGGCAGAGAGCAUCAGACUGGCAGAUACUCUCAUCCCAUUUUCUCCAAGCACGGAGGCUGGCCGCCUUCUAUUGAAAAAUUAAUGUUGGAACUUAGCCUGAAACAGGGGCACAAGGAGUCCAGACUACCCCCUUUCACAAAAGAGGAGAUAGAAUAUGUGAGAGGCACUGCCGAUUUUUACGGCUUGAACUACUACACCACAUAUAUAAUUAGACCGGCCAAGUUGGAUGAUAAGCCAGGUGUGUGGUUCCUCACCGGAUCACCGGAGCUAGGUGCGGUGCUGGAAAACCCAUCGAAUGCACAAUACGGGGCAUCCCCUACGCUUCCGGUGGCACCUAAAGGGCUUCGAAGGGUGAUGGCCUGGUUACGUCGACAGUACGGUGACAUCGACAUCUUCAUCACCGAGAACGGGUUCACGUCAAGCGGACAUGAGCUAGAAGAUUACCACAGAGUAGACUUCUAUAAGAAACAUCUCAAAGAAGUACUGCUUUCUAUGAAGGUGGAUAACGUAAGCGUUACAGGCUACGCUGCGUGGUCACUUGUGGAUGACUUCGAGUGGUUGAGUGGAUACACAGCAUUAUUCGGUUUGUACGAAAUAGACUUCGACCAUCCAAACCGUACUCGUACUCCGCGACUUUCGUCGUACUACUACGCUUGCGUCAUCGAGCAUCGAACCUUGGCCUUCCCGGACUCUUGCUACCAGAAACACAUCAGUAGACUCAGGAAGAGGAAAGCACGGAGUCGUGGACAGAUUUCUGCUAAAUUCAGCAUCGUGCUAAACGCAGUGUUAGUUUUAUUAAGUAUCAGCAUAUGCCAAUUGUUAUGAUAUAACUAAUUAUUAGGUAUACAAGGUGCUCGGCAGUAUUUCCCAUAACUCAAGGGUUAUAUUCUAUAUGGAAAAUUAAUUAAAAAUGUCCAAGGAACAUGUGUUUUUAUAUCAAUAAUUUCGGAAUAAAAAAUAUUUCUUUUGUAAAUAGAUCUUAGAUGCCCCUUAUAUCGCAUCCUUAUAAUAUGACCUAGCCUAACUUAUUUAUUGAUAAAUAUCAUGAAGUAGCUUACUAGUAAAGUGCGGAGUGCCAUUUAUAAUAUCUAUAUCUCGUCGAUAUCGACAGUCUUACCACUACGGUUAGGUAUUUUAUAAUGCAAUAAAGGCGUGUGUUACAUGGUUCGUCGGAAUUAUUUUAAUUACUUUGUAUGAAAAUAUAAAAAAAAUUAACUAAAAAACCUUGUCAACACCUUGAAGUUAUGGGAAAUACUCCUGCAACAUCCUGUAUAAUUAUUUAGUUAGUAGUUAGAUUGAAUUGAAUGUAUUAUAAUUGUACAAAAUAGAUAUUGUAGUAUUAUUAUUUAUUGAAGAAGAAAUAAAAUUGAAAAAUAUAUAACGAGUUUUUAUCAUGGAAAU